GCAGGAGCUUCUUCGACCCGUGCAGAGCGGUUUGCAAAUUACUUCGCUCAUGUGACAAGAAGCCUGCACAACUGGCAGAGAUGGUUACCAUUGCUAACUACAAGAUCUCCAACACCUUGGGUGUGGGCACCUUUGGCAAGGUGAAGAUGGCUGAGCACACGUUGACUGGCCAGAAGGUGGCGAUCAAAAUCAUUAACAAGAGAAAGAUGGAGCACAUGAACAUGCACGAGAAGAUCAGGAGAGAGAUCCAGAUCUUGCAGUUUCUCAAGCAUCCCCAUGUGAUCCGCUUGUACGAGUUGCUUGACACGCCCAGCGACAUCUUCAUGGUGAUGGAAUAUGUCCAGGGUGGUGAGCUUUUCGAUCACAUCGUUCACAAGCUGAAGCUGCAGGAAGAUGAAGCGAGAAGGUUCUUCCAGCAGAUCCUAUCAGGAGUUGAGUACUGCCACCAAUGCAUGGUGACGCACAGAGAUCUCAAACCUGAGAAUCUUCUCUUGGAUUCAAACUUGCACGUGAAGAUUGCAGACUUUGGUCUGUCCAACACGAUGCGUGAUGGCGAAUUUUUGAAGACCUCUUGUGGUUCACCAAACUAUGCCUCUCCGGAGGUGGUGACUGGAAAGGCCUAUGUGGGACCAGAGGUUGACGUUUGGUCAGGCGGUGUGGUCCUGUACGCCCUCCUUUGCGGGUCGCUGCCCUUCGAUGAUGAGAACGUGCCGAACCUCUUCCGUAAGAUCAAGCACGGGAACUUCACCCUGCCAGGCCACCUCUCCAGCGAGGCAAAGGACCUCAUUGUCCAAAUGUUGGUGGUCGAUCCGACCAGGCGAAUUACCUUCUCACAAAUCCGGAGGCACAGCUGGUUUCUGAAGGAUUUGCCUGAGUACCUGGCCGUGCCUUUGAACCUUGUGGCUGAGAAGUUGGAGUACCAGAGUGAUAUCCUCGAGGAGCUGGAGGAUAUGGGCAUGAAGAUAGAGGACAAAGAGAAUCUAAAACCUGAAGAGAAGGUUGCUUACCACUUGUUGGCAGAUCGUGCCUCCAAGCAGAGCAGCUUCUCAAAUUUGAUGCGGAAGGAUCCUUGUACAGCAAACGCUUUCCGGAUGUUCGAUGAUGAGGAAGUCCUGAAUGUCUCUAAGAACUUUGACCAGGAGCGUGCUGCGCCGAUCUACAAAGCUGCGUCGGCAGACCGCUCUGGCAUGCUGGGCCAGGCUUCAAUGGCGCCAGAGUGCCCAUGGCGACUAGGUGUAGAGGCAGUGAUGGAGGCCUCGGUUUUGAUGACGGAAGUUCUUCUAAACCUAAGAGACCUUGGCUACGAGUGGCACAACGUCACACCCUGGCGUGUUCGAGCACGGCCACUUGUACAUCAGAUGGGCAUCAUGUUGACAGUCCAAGUCUACAAGUGCUCCUCUGGGAAGUACAUGGUAGAUGUACUUGUACCACAGGGGCCUUCAUUACCGGCCGUGCAAGCAGCACUUCAGUUCAUCCGACGGCUAUGUGAGCGAGAGGCUGUUGCCAGCAACAUUGUCAAUAGGCCGCAACCGGCUCGAGGUCGCUCCAGACAAGGUGGUGACGGCUAUCCGCAAGGCACAGGGCCCAUCGCCAGCCUGUAGCUAUGAGCAGGGCUGAGCCGAAGUACUUGGAUCAAGUGCUGAAUCACAGCGCUUUCAGAGGAUCUGAAGGAAAGCUAAAU